GCUGCCUCCACAUCCCUCCCCUCCUCUCUCCUCUGCCAAGAAACCUCUAUCACCUGCUCUCAGACACUCGGGGCGAGCGGCACCAGGAGGAAAGGGCAGAGGGGAACCACAGCACGGGGACCCCAGGCCGGGCUGCCGGGUGGGCUCUGCCUCCCACUCUCCUUCAGCGUUCGGGGCACCGGGCUCACAGCCUGUGCAGGGAGGACAGGGAGCUUGGCUGCUGGAGAAUGGCAGCAGGAUUUAAGUAGGAGGGCACGGAAAACUGGGAGAGAACUCACGGGAGCUGAGCGAACUGCGGGAGACGAGAGCGGCUUCUCAGCACCGUUGCCCAGCCUGUGAAGCAACAUGAGUCACAAAGGAACCCUCAGCAGCAACCCCGGCCCAUCAAAUGGCAGCAUGGGCAAAGCCGACGGAGCCUCCAAGCUGAGCGCAAAGGACCUGUACGAACAAAGGAAAAAAUACUCCAACUCCAACGUCAUCAUGCACGAGACUUCCCAGUACCACGUCCAGCACUUGGCCACCUUCAUCAUGGACAAGAGCGAGUCCAUCACGACAGUGGAUGACGCAAUCCGGAAACUCAUCCUGCUCAACUCCAAAGAGAAGAUCUGGACACAAGAGAUGCUGCUGCAAGUGAAUGACAAGUCCAUCCGGCUGCUGGACUGUGAGACACAGGAGGAGCUGGAGGACUUCCCCCUGCCGACAGUGCAGCACUGUCAGACAGUGCUCAAUCAGAUGCGCUACUCCUCCAUCCUCCUGCUAGUGUGUCAGGAUUCCGAGCAGCACAAACCUGACAUCCACUUCUUCAACUGUGACGAGGUGGAGGCUGAGAUGGUUCAUGAGGACAUAGAAAGUGCCCUGGCAGACCACAAGCACGGGAAGAAGAUACGGCCACAGACACUCAAGGCAAACCAGGAAAAGAUCAAGCAGAGACAAUCCAUCCUCCCCCCACCUCAAGGACCAGCUCCCAUCCCGAUCCAGCACGACAUGAGAGGCUCAGCGAUGAACAGGAACAGGGUGGCACCUCCUUCCCAGCAUGAUCCAGACUAUGAACGACGAAGCUCUGGCUCUCACGACCAUGAGGAAUCCCGAGCCAUGUUAGCACAGAAGAUUGAAAAGGAAACGCAAAUCCUGAACUGCACCCUGGAUGACAUUGAAGUGUUUGUCGCCCGGCUCCAGAAGGCUGCAGAGGCAUUCCGACAGCUCAACCAAAGGAAGAAAGGGAAGAAGAACAAGAAGAAAGGGCCAGCAGAGGGAAUGCUGACCCUCCGAGCAAGACCCCCCAGUGAGGCUGAGUUCAUCGACUGCUUCCAGAAAACCAAACUGGCUUUUAACCUCUUGGCCAAACUAAGGAAGCACAUCCAAAACCCCAGUGCUUCGGAGUUGGUGCAUUUCCUCUUCGGGCCGCUAGAACUGAUCAUCAACAGCUGUGGUGGCCCCGAGCUGGCCCGGUCUGUCCUCAGCCCGCUGCUUUCUAAAGACGCCACCGAUUUCCUGAGAGGACACCUGACACCCAAAGAGAUAAACCUCUGGGAUUCCCUGGGGGAGACAUGGACCAGAUCCAGAGCCGAGUGGCCCCGAGACACGAACAUCCCCACCUACAUCCCCAAAUUCCGCAACGGCUGGGAACCACCCACAGAAAUCUUCCGUGGAGCUCCCUGGGAAAUAGACAUUGGACACUUGCAAGAGGAGCUCUCCUCAGCCAAUGGAUAUCCUUACCGGAACUCCUCACUCAAGCGUGGCCAGACGGCUGAGCAGACACAGGUCGGGGAUGCCUUCAAACAGAACAUCACUCCACAUGGAAAUAGGAAUUUCGAGGCCCAGGGGGUGGCUGUGCCCAAGAGAUUUGCCAAGAUCCGCUACGAUUUCACCGCGCGAAACGCCAAUGAGCUCUCGGUGCUGAAGGAUGAAAUCCUGGAGGUGUUGGAAGAUAAUAAGCAGUGGUGGAAGUUGCUCAACCGGAGCGGGCAGGCCGGUUAUGUUCCGUACAAUAUCCUGGAUGUGGUGAAACUGGAAGAGCUCGAACAGGUCUGUCGUCAGUCUAACCAGAGGUACAAAGGAGACCUGAGCCCCAGGGGCUAUGGCCCAUCCAGCCCAACCCACAAGCUGCCUGCCAGCUACGCCGGGGAUAAGUGGGGCAGUGAGAUGUUGUCGCGCUACUCCGCACAGGACGCCAAAGAACAACUUAUUCACCAAAUGGAUGAGCUGAACGACGAGCUGCUAAAGAAGAUCACAAACAAUAAAAUUCAGCCUCCCCACAGGAAUUUCAAAGUGGAAAAGCCUCAGCAAGUUUUUGUGCCCCUCACCUUUGAAUCCAGCACUGAAGAAGUCAAAGCCUGGCUGGAGGCCAAGUCAUUCAGCAAAGAGACCGUGGAACACCUGGGCAUCCUCACCGGAGCUCAGCUCUUCUCCCUCAACAGAGAGGAGCUGAAGAAGGUGUGCGGUGAUGAGGGAAACAGAGUCUACAGCAAGAUCACAGUGGAGAAAAACCAGCUGGAGAAAAGCAGAGGGGAGUCGGAGCUCCAAGAAAUCAUGAAGCGCCGCCAGGAAAGGAUUGAUUCUGCAAAUUAAAGUCUCUCUGCUUUAUUUCAGCUCUUAGCCCUAAGUAGUGCAGAAGAAAAGGGAAUGAAAGCAAUGAUUCCUGGCCCAGGCCGGAUGCAGCAGAGCUCCCCUUGGGGUCCAGCUGCCAUCAGAGUGACAAUUCCUUGAACACUGUUGGGAAGGGUUGACAAUAAGACCAUGUCCCACUGGGAAAGGUGUUUUAA